AUGAUGGCCGCAGCGAGAAUGGCCUUCGCAUCAAGCUGUCGCGUCCACCUCCUCCUCCCUUCCUCGCCUUCAACUCCCAUCCUCGCCAGGACCCGAGUUGGCUGCAGGGGCAUAGCCAAAUCCAUCUCGUUCUUGGCACCGCUAUCGGCUGCGAGAUCCGCCGCCCUCUUCUGCUCUUGCUCCUCGCCUUCCUCCGACGCCGUCGUCGCACCGGCCCCUACGCAGGCGGCCGUAGAGGAGAAGAAGCCGGCGCCCGCGGCUGGGGAGGAGGAGAAAGGCGAGGUUCCGGUGGGCGAGCUCGCUGGCCUCCUGGACAUCCGGGUGGGGCGGGUCGUGAAGGCGUGGCUGCACCCGGAGGCAGAUACUCUGUACGUGGAGGAGGUCGACGUCGGCGAGGAGCAGCCGCGCACCAUCUGCAGCGGCCUCGUCAAGUACUUACCCCUCGACCAACUCCAGGACAGCAAUGUCAUUGUUCUUGCUAACCUGAAACCAAGAAACAUGCGCGGCAUCAAGUCUAAUGGCAUGCUUAUGUGUGCCUCUGAUGCUUCUCACGAGAAUGUUGAGUUGCUCGCCCCUCCAGAAGGUUCUGUUCCCGGUGAAAGGGUAUGGUUUGGAUCUGAAGAUGAAAAGAGUAUUCAAUCAGAACCUGCAACAGGAAACCAGGUUCAAAAGAAAAAGAUUUGGGAAUCUGUUCAGCCUCACCUUAAGACAACGGAUAACUGCGUAGCAGUUCUUGGUGAGCAACCAAUGCGCACCUCAGCAGGCAUGGUUUUCUGCAAAUCAUUGCAGGGUGCAAGCGUGUCAUAA